CUUUUUCAAAUUAUAUAUAUAGUUUUCUCUAUUUCCUGACACAUCCUCUGACAUCAAUUUUGACCUAUGUAAUGUCUCGCAGUUUCUAACCACAGACAACAGGAUGCAGCGAUACAGCGAGACAGCACAGGGCUCUGACGCGAGGCUUGGACAUCACAUCACUGCACAUCCCCUCCUUGCUUCUCUCUCACGUCUUGUAACAUGCUGGCCACUGUGACCGUCCUAACUCUCAUCUUCAAAGCUGGAGGAUCUGCUCUCUUCCAGACGCCGCCCUUCCUGAGCGCUGCAGUCGGCAGCGCGGUCAAUCUCUCCUGCAACAUCGAAGGCAUCACGGGACUCUGCUACCAGGUCGUCUGGUACAAAGUGGGCGCGAAGAACGAGCCCGCGCUGGUGAGCUUGCAGACCACCUCCCGUCAGAGUCCUGUCAGCAGCGCGGCUGGGGGUAAAAGCUGCUACAUGGAACUGUCCGCGCUGAAAAUGAGUGAUUCUGCGACCUAUUACUGCGCCCACAGCUCCGACAGCAUGCUCUUUCUGGGUAACGGAUCCACGCUGGUCGUCACAGAGCGCUCUCCCGGCCCCGCUUCAAUGGUUUUCCUCUCUCAGCCCGACUCGGACUCCAGCGCCUCCGCCGCACUCGUGUGUUUGCUCUACGGACCCGUCUCCGCUCAGACCCGCCUCUACUGGAACGUCUCCGGCCGCGUCGACCCGGGACUGAGCGACUCCGGCUCUCUGAACUCCUCCGAGUCCGACGGGUCUCAAUCCUUCUUCCUCAGGAACCAGAUUUCGGUUGCCGCUGAUGUGUGGAGCCGCGGAGCCCCGUGUACCUGCGUGGCGGAGACGGAGGCCGGGGUCCGAAUCAGCAGAACUAUCCAGAAGAGGAAUACAGACGGAGCUGGCACUUGGUUUUGGGUCUGUGUGAUUUUGACGGUAGUUUCCCUGCUUCUCGCAGCGUGUGUAAUUACAUUAGCGGUGGCGCUGCGUCGACAGAGGAGAGACACGGGAAACUAUAGAGGAAGGAGAGAGCCACAUGGUUCAAAAUCAGAGGUGGUGGAGGUUCAGUACGCAAGCCUGCAGCUUGACCAACAGAGAUCGAGACGCAGCUACCGGUGAAAUUCAACUGUAACCACGUGGAUGUCUAGAGCAGAGGAUCCAUUAACAUCGUUUAAAUCUGCACGUUCGACACCAUUAUUACCAGAGCUGUGUUUCAAGAUGGUUCAGGAUGAUUAAGCCGAAUAUUUAUUAAAGUAAUAAUAAUAAUAAUAAUAAUAAUAAUAAUAAUAAUAAUAAUAAUAAUAAUAAUAAUAAUAAUAACAUUGUCAUCUUCAAAAUUGUUGAAAUGCUUACUUGAAAAAGAAAAAACAGGAAAUGCUAAAUUGUACAUAAUUUAUUUAUUUAUUUUUUGUAUUUGUCCAGUUUUUAAAGUGUGUUUUGUUUUCAGCAGCAGUGAAUUG